AGCCAGGCCGCCGCCAUAGCCGCUCCCCGGGCAACGAAGGAGGAGAAACCGGCGAACCAUUCUCUCUCUUCCUCUCUCCCCCCACUGUUUCUCUCCGUUUCUCGCUCUUUCCGUCUCUGUCCGACACUCCCGGGUGUCUGCGUUGCGGUGGCGACGUUUUAACCUAUAUAUUCCGGACUGGAAUUUUACCAGCGUGACUCGUCGUCUCGCACGCGUGCGAUCCGGGCGAGCCACCCGGUGGUUCCGAGUGUGACGUGUGAACCUAGACACGCGAAUCGUUUCCACGAACGGCGUGUGCAUUCACGUCCCGUAAAAUACGGUGCUGGUGACGAGAUCGUCGUCGACGAGGGUGACGAUGACGGCGAUGGGCACGGAGAGAGAGCGCGUGGACGAGCGUGCGAGAACAACGUGGUGAACGGGCGGCAUGUUCGAGUUUUCGUCGACAACGAUAAUAACGGUGAGGACACUUCGACGACGACGGUGGUGGUAGAGGAUUCGUACGCGACGUGUCGUCGACGUGGAUAACUGCCGUUCAUGUCGUCGGAUGCUAUUAAAGGCGCGAGAGUAAACGAUCAGGAGUGGAUUACGGUGAUGUCAGAAAAGAAUUGUCGAAGAAUCCCGACGAUUAGCGGACGACGACAACGCGGCUGGCACGAUUGAAAGAGAUGCGGUUCUUUCUAGAAAUUUGCGUUCACAACGUAAUAAUCGCCGGCGUGCGUAACUAACGUGUAUAAUGUCACGAUACUCGAUCGAAGUAGGAUACAGUGACGUCGAUGGUGAUAAUUUGACGGAAUAGAAUAAAAAUCGUGAGGGUAGUGAGAUUAUUCGCGUUAAGUAAAAAUCUGUAGUGAUGACAAUAGCGGCGAGUCGUGAACUUGAGGGAUGCUACAAAUUUUGUGCGCCAUAUCAGUGAGAGUAUGCGCUGCAGGUCACAAAUAUCAUUGCAUAAACGCAGUUCAUCUAUAAUUUGUAUCUACAUCAACGACGGUGUUAUUCGAGCGAUUAUUGUUAAAAUUUUAAACCAAGCGUGAUUAAAAGAGAUUGUCUGAUAUGCAAUUUGUUGCAGUGUAACGACCAAUAUGAUUACGUAGUCGGUACGAUGUGCAACUGCUGAAUCUCGACACAAUGAUGACGUAAAUGCAGAUACCACAGCGUGAUGGAUUUCGCCAAAUACAUGACUUUUUAAAUAAAAUACUAAAUGGUUAAAUGUACUAAAUCAUUAAAUGGACAUCAAUCAUGUUUACACGAGGCUGACAAUGAUUCUUAAAGCACUAUCACUUUUGCGCUGACGCAAGUAAGCGAAAAUUCGAGAAUCAAGAAAAAAAUACGUAAUCAAGGUCAUUUCAGAUAGAUCUUAUGAUUGAAUCGUAAGAAUUAGUGUGAAAUUUUUAAAAAAAUGUCCUUUGCGAACCGUAUAAUAAUAAUUGUGCGAUUGUCUGAUCGAGAUACGUUGCACAAUAAAACUCAUUUCAUGAGGCAUCUUAGAAAGUGGGCUUUGGUCGGAAGGAGAGUCCGUAGUCAAUAACGUGCCGCCGAGUGUCCAUACAGACGAAGUACGCACGAUAUUCGCCGGAGAAUUUAAUUAAGCGAGUCAAACACCCGGAAUACCUACGAGCCGACCGCAAAAAUUCUCGUCAGUGGCGAAGUCCAUUGCAUGGUCAGACGUCAUCGCACAAACGUCACGAGUGGUAUCGCAUAACUCUGAAGUUGAAGAAGCGAGGAUAAAAAAGCGCGAACAUUUAUUACAUUAAAUUUUGCGAAACAUCUCAUUUUCGAACGAAAGAUUUACGUCGAAGAGACGCGAUUUUCGUUUCUUCCGUCACGUUUUUCGAUGCGGCACUCGAGAGUGCAACGCUAAUCGCUGCGUCAAAUGCGGUGAAAUCGAGGAAAAUCAAGAGAUCGAUCGCAAAGCGAUAUUUGACGACGGUCGAACGAUUGCGGCAGCAUCCUGCCGGCACGUGCAUGGCAUUAAGCGAGCCGCCGCAAACAAUUGAUCGCGAUAAUUCGAUUGCCGGUGCAUCUGACGCCUCAAGUUCCGGUUUUCGCCUGUCCGAUAUUGUAUUAUACAGGACGUACAUAAUCGCGGCUCAUUAAGCGUUACGAGCCUGAACAGCGUCGACCAUUUGAUCGCGCCGCUUUGUUCGCCGAUGAUGUGACGACGAGGUACCUCUUCGCGAGUCACGUGGCCUUGACAAUUCUGUACGACGAACGAUUCGCUGGAGAAUUAAAGACGUGCGUCGAAGAUUCAAGCCGGACCGAUCGCGAUCCGAUUUCCUCGUCUCGCGGCGAUUCGUUAGCGUUUGAUCUGACCAAUCUCUCGUUUGUGGACCGACCGUGAAGCAAUCGAGCGCGACAUUUUCGGCUUGACUUGGCUCGAUUUACGAGAUACAAAUUCGUGUAAGACCAGUCUUCCGUUCUCGUGAAUCGAACGCGAAACGGAAUUUUGUUGCGAGUGUGCCGAUUGCCGUUACGUAUUACGUAUUAUACCGUGUAUUCGCCGUGAAAGUGCCGUACUGUGACGAAAUCGUAGUGCCGUUCGUCGAUUUUUGGCCGAUCCGACACGUCGAGUUCUCCUCGACUAACAUUCCAACGAUGUGAUGAAAACGGACGAUGUACGCAAACAAGAAUAGGUACCGUCGCGCUGUACAUCGUGUUUCGAGGACAAAUCUGUCGAUGGAUCGAAUGAAGAGUAUCGCGUGCAUCGGCGAAAGUGGUUGAAUGUGGAGUAAGGGCGAGAGGGAAGCGCAGCGGCGGCACGUGAGACGGAUGUCAUCGCUCGAGACACUUGUUGCACGUCGGCACGUCCCUUAAAGAGGGUUUGUCCGCGUCAAUAUCGGACCACCGGGCGUUCUUCCGGGCAGCGAGAAAGAGAGUGUGCGCGAAAGGACGAGAAACGAGCACGGGGCCUCGUUCGUCGUCGGUGCCUGGGCGUCGCGGAAGGUGCGAAGGUGCGAAGGGUGAAAUCGGAUGGUCGUGAAAUCGUGCGUGAUCGACGCCAUCGGGUUUAACGUAAUCCAGCGGCAUGUCGCUCGAUGGGAGGACGAUCGCGGACGAUCGCGUGGCGAGCGACGUCUUCUCGCGGUGCCUCGUACGCCUGUCGAUCACCGUUCGUAAAAAGUGCGCCGCCCGGAUCGCCGCCACCCUUGGUGAUCGUUAGCGCGAUCGUGCGUGCGAUCGACCGGCGUCGAAAGCGACGUGCUCGACGAACGUUACGUGGCAUGCCGCCGAUCGUCGCGCGACCUCCCACGGUGAUCUGCCGACGGGAUUGUCGGUGCGUGGCAACGCUCAAGCGGCUCGAUUGACAAUCGUGAGGAUAACGCGGAACGCCGGAAGCGGGACACCGGAAACGGAGCAUCAUUGGCGUGUGAAUCGCGCGCCGUAUCGUACCGGGGAUCAAGAGAGAGCGAUCAUGUGCUACGCUCGGUGACACCGGUCGCGAUUGUGCGCGGCGUUACCGUUAGCGGUAAACGUAGCCAGGAAAGAAAGAGAGAGCAGAGCUAUCACUGCGCGGCGGCUAUCACCACGUGGUGGAUAUCCCCGGGCGUGUAAUCGGGCGGUUUCGGCUAAGGACAAGAGGAAACGAAGACCGGAAGGCUGGAUCAUCUCCGUGGAAUGUCUUCGGGCGCCAAGCGGCUGGUGCAGUCGCUUAGGGGCCGGAGCGGGGGAGGCAGGGGCACCGGUGGCGAUCGUGCCGACGCCGGUGCUGGGGACGACAGCUGCGUCGGCGUCAGCGGGGCCAGCACGAGCGCGACCAGGCUAUGGCACUAUGACAGCGGACACGAGCUCGACGAGAUCUCAGUGAUCGGGGCUGCCGUCAGGGGAAACGAAGGGCUGACGACGCCCACUACGCCGUGCCAUUGCAGAAGCAUCAAGUACGGCAGCGGACAGACGCUUUGUAGCAUCGCCGGAUUGCCCCCCGCCCCCGCUUUACCCGCGCACAGAGCACAAUCCGGCGUCAUCAGUGGCGGUGUGAGACAUCGUCUGAGCGGCGGCUCUGCGUCCGCCCUGAGCUGCGGGGGCGAAAAGUAUCGAGACAUUAAAGGCGGAAGGACCGGCGACGGUCGAGCCGGAGGCGGUGGCAGGGAGAAGGAGGAUGACACCAAGAGCGCGGAGAACGUGUCCAGGGGAGUUUUACCCUCGAGGCAGAGCCUCUUGGACCUCGUCAGCGGUAAAUUCAUGGGCCGACAAACACCUACCCACCACUACUACCACCAGCAGCAGCAGCAGGUAUAUUCUGUGUCGCAGCGAUACUUCAGUUCGUCACGUGACUCGCUUCAAGGAGGAUACGUGAACCGGGGUGCAAGCGAGCUUGAUCUAAGCCGCAAGCCGAGAAGAAGGGACCACCUGAGGGGCAGAUUCAAGCUGCCGUAUACAGUUGCGCUCACGCCUUCGCGUGACCAAUCGCACCUGCACACACCGGCGUCGGUCAAUCAUCUCAGCAACGCCAGCUGCAACGGCACCGAAACGAGAUACACCGCGCAGCAACAGCAACAGCAACGCGGUAGUAGAGGCUUUCCUGGGCAACCUGGAUCGAGGAAUUUUCGCACGGGUGCGCCAAAUUGGUCCUUCAUCUUCGAUCCUGCGGGACGCCUCUGCUACUAUUGGUCAAUGGUGGUUUCCCUUGCCUUUCUUUACAACUUCUGGGUGAUCAUCUAUAGAUUUGCCUUUCAGGAGAUCAAUGGAGAGACUCGUUGGGUGUGGUUCUGCCUGGACUACUUCUCGGAUUUUUUAUACGUGCUCGACAUAAUAUUUCACAUUCGAACGGGAUACUUGGAAGACGGUGUGCUGCAAACCGACGCCACGAAAUUGAGAAACCAUUACACGAACAGCACCACGUUUUACAUAGACAUCCUGUGCCUGCUGCCCCUCGACUUUUUAUACUUAUCUAUAGGAUUUAACAGUAUGCUGCGAAGUUUUAGACUCGUAAAAAUUUACCGGUUUUGGGCGUUCAUGGACAGGACCGAGCGACACACAAACUACCCGAAUUUGUUUCGCUCCACCUCCUUGAUACAUUAUUUACUGGUGAUCUUUCACUGGAACGGGUGCCUCUAUCACAUUAUUUAUAAGAACAACGGCUUCGGCAGUAAGAACUGGGUGUUCAACGAUUCCGAGACGGCAGACGUUGUCAAGCAAUAUCUGCAGAGCUACUACUGGUGUACUCUUGCCCUAACGACCAUCGGUGAUCUGCCCAGACCGAGGAGUAAAGGCGAAUAUCUCUUUGUGAUUGGUCAGCUGUUCUUUGGUCUGCUAUUAUUCGCAACGGUGCUGGGUCACGUCGCAAACAUCGUCACUUCCGUCAGUGCGGCACGAAAGGAGUUUCAGGCGAAGCUGGAUGGCGUGAAGACAUACAUGAGGAUGAGGAGGGUACCGAAUCAUUUGCAGGUGAAAGUUAUCAAAUGGUUUGAUUAUCUCUGGCUGACGCAGAAGUGCUCCGACGAGGAGAAAGCAGUGAGUUGUCUUCCAGAUAAACUGAAGGCAGAAAUCGCGAUAAACGUGCACCUGGAUACGCUGAGGAGGGUCGAAAUCUUCCAGAACACGGAGGCUGGUUUCCUGUGCGAGCUGGUGCUGCGACUACGGCCCGUUCUCUUCUCACCCGGCGACUACAUCUGCCGCAAAGGUGAGGUGGGAAAGGAGAUGUACAUAGUGAAUAGGGGCCGACUGCAGGUGGUGGCCGACAACGGGAAGACGGUGCUCGCCACCCUUAAGGCGGGUUCCUACUUCGGGGAGAUCAGCAUUCUCAAUAUGGGGACCGCAGGUAACCGGCGAACAGCCAGCGUGCGCUCGGUCGGCUACUCGGACCUCUUCGUCCUCAGCAAGAAGGAUAUGUGGGACGUACUCAAGGAAUAUCCGGCUGCCAGGGUACGCCUAGAAGCCAUCGCUGUCAAGAGGUUGGAGAAGUACAAGAGAGCCCCUCUGGAGAAAGCUGCCAUAGGCAGAUGUCAGAGCACGCCCGGUUUGGUGGAGUCGCGGGGUCGCAUUUCGCUGGAGGACAUGUGGGUAUCGCCCCUCGACUACAAGACCCACGCGUAUUCGACAGCCGCCUCGUUGUUUUCGCCGAGUCCGAGUCCGGUGACAUCCAGGCGCGCCGUGCCAGACCUAGGGACCAUGGGCGACGCGAACGUUCCCCGAGGCGCGGAGAGCCCGAUGAGCGCGGCCAGCAGCGGUCCCAGCAGCGAGGAUCAGACGGCCAGGGCGCCGCAAUCGGCCGCCACGCAACCCUCCACCCACUCCGGCAUGACUUGCAACAGUAUGACUCAGCUGAUGAGCGAGGGCACAAUACCUUUGUUCGGCACGCACGAGUCUCUGCUGGCGGAGAUUCAGCGUCUCCGCGAGCGUUUGAAAUGUUUGGAGACCGAGAAGGCGGCAAUGAGCGCCAAGCUGAAUCAGCAACAGUGGGAGGUCGAGCAUCGGCUGGCCGAAAUCGAGAUGCAGAUCUGCGGGACGAGCUCGACCUCGAGCGUCGAGGACAACAAUGAGAGAAACCGAGAGAGGUACGACGUCGACGAUCAAGAGGAGCCGGACGACGCGAGAAUCCUUAGCGACACAAAGUCGAUCGGUAGCUUGAGCCAGCAUUUGUUUGAGAGCGACGAGGACGAGCAUUACUACGGUACCUGCAACGGCUACGUCUCGCAACCCGGUAGCAAGUCGAAUUUGCUGCUCUGCAGCGAGUGCGAGCAGAAGACACGUACCUGCACCUACCGACCGCAAACACCUGGCUCGUAUGCUGGUAGAUAUGUGGAGGAGCGUAUGGACGAUCGGCAUCAGGAGCCAGGAACCUCUCGUGCCUACAGAAGCCCGGUGAAGCUGACCUCCCCGCGCUCCUGCCACCAUCCGUCAGAUCAAGAUCGCGGGGCUCAGGUGUCGUCGCCCCGAUCGCAUCACUCGGAACAGUCGGUCCCGGUAACGUCACCUCGAUCCUACCGGACGCAAGAGCAGCAACGGCGCGGAUGGACCGCUAGGGACACGGACGAUCGAGACCGCGACGAGAGCCCGAUCUGCGAGCUCUGCCGAGGUAACGGCUACGUCGUCGUGCACUGCGAGCACUGCGACUUUUCCAGCGACGGCGACUUGAUCUGCUUCCGCUGUCAAAGCGACGAGAGCUCGUCCAACGGUCAGAUCUGUCCACGCUGCGAACGAGAGGCUGGAAUCGCCUCAAGAGUCGCCGGCGGAUCUGGCGCAACAACGGGCACGACGACGUCUUCCAGCGACGAGGGUAACAGCAGGUAUCCGGUGGACGCCGUGGUGAAGAUCCAGGUGAACGAUCGGACAAUCGACGUCGACUCCGACGAGACCCCCGAGAGCGAGAGCUCGAGCAACCAUCAUCCCCAGCGGGGCAUGAUGGAGAGGCUCGAUACCAUCGUCGAGACGAAGGGCGACACUGCCAGCGAGAACGACGAGGAGAACGGCGGCGGCACGAAGCUCAACGGUACGACUAGCGCCAGAUAUCUCAAUUACAUGAUCGUGCUAUUCCUGUAAAUAGACGACGUUAUAAGGAUAGUUGCGACCGGGCCGCGGCCCGUGACUUGCUGGGCGCAGGGUGAAAUUGAAAAGGCGAUUCGAAGGAAUGACAAUUGCAUAUUGAAUGGCAAUUUUCUUAAUUAACUGAUCCCGCAUUACAGUUUCUUGUAAAUUAUUAACUAUCAACUGUAGCGAGUGAAACUAAUUUUGCUUAGAAUUCUAGUAUUCUUUUCUAGCUGGAUUAUGAGUUUAUGAUUUCACUUUGACUCGGUCCAGCAAUGUUGGAUUUUCGAUGCACCACGAUCGAAAUUGCAACGGUCAGCGCGAUGGCGUACGCUAUUCAUCUAUGUAUCGAUGGCGCAAACAUCAGGGGGCCGCGGCGCGAGUCGCACUGUAAAUAAACUGCCACAGAAUAUAAUUGAUCCGUACGUUAUAGGACCGUAUAGGUUAAUUAAUAGAUAGUAUGUAAUAGUCAAGACGCAGAGUCAAAUGAAGAUGAAAGAGAAAGAAAGAAAGAGAGAGCGUGUAAAUUACGUUCGACGCGCGUAGUGUUGCCAUGAGCUCCGUGACGCAACGGUCGACACGUUUCGAUGCGCGACUCGUGGAGCGGGUUUGUGCAAAGAUUAUAGUUACUGUGCAAAUUAGUUAUCAAGAUUGGCUUCAUUGCCAAUAAUAAAGAUAAUGUCUUCGUGUAUUCAUAAUUGAAAUCGAAAAUUCGUACGCUUCGUUCCGUAAUAUCAAUUAUAAGUUACUUCGAAUGUAAGUGCAAACGAGUAAAAGCAAAACGAAUAUUAGAUGUAGCUUUUUAUUAAUAAUCCGUUAACAAAGUAACUUUGACGUUAUUUAUUUUAUUAACAAGCUCUAUGAUUUUUCUUCAAUAUAAUAAAAUUUAAUUUGUUGAAAUCAUUAUUUCGAUUAAUUUAUAAGAACAAUAUCAGCUGUUGAUUAUAUAAGUAAUUACGAUUCUUGCACAACUCUCUACUAACUCAUGUUCGGGACCAACUAAAGCCAUCACUUACAUCAAUGCUUCCGACUUUCGCUUCCACAUGCGAUCAUUUGUUGAAUAUCGCUUAUUCAUUUGGUCAACGAAGAGAGAUUAAAACAGAACUGCAAGCAAAAUCUUUCAUUCCUCCACGAUAAUCAACGAUCGUCGUCAUCUUCGUGGGCAGUGUUUUGUGAGACAGUCGUACCGAAUAUUUCAUUUUCCCAUAGCAAAGUGAAAGAAAAGAAGGAAGAAAGGACGCGUUUAAAGGCGAUAUAUACGAGCACGCGGAUCCAUCGAAACAUGAAAAAUAAACAGAAGAAAGAAAUGAAGCGAGAUCGUUCUCAUCGCACGGGACGUUUGUAAAACAUACGCGGCAGCGGUUUUUUUAAUAUUUAUAAAUCAUGGAGAGUAGCCUUUACUAUACGUGAACAUUUUUUUUAACAUUUAUCGCAAUUCCACGAGCAUCCCUAUAUAUCUGAAAUUUUCGAAAAUUAGGUCAAAACAUGGUCAAACAUAUGCUAGAGCGACAGAAAUCAAGAACGCAAAGAAUGAGGAAGAAAUUCGAUUCUUCUUGCAUUCUUCCGAAAGCGACGAUUGAGACCGGUAUAAUCUUGAAAAAAUAUCAAUCCGUUUUCACGAAUGAUAGAGGAAGGGAUUAUUUUAGCGUAUUUUUCACAAAUGUGAAAUAAAGACGAAAUGGGAUUCUUAAAAAAAUCUUUGCAUAAAAGGCUAUCAAAAGUAAAAAAUUCAAAAAGGUUCGAGGUCAUGAAGUAUUAUUGCUUUUAAUAUUAAUAGAAUUAAGAAAAAAUAACAAAUCGACCUCUUUUACGUUUUCGAGAUUCCAAAUUUGUUCGUUAAUUUGUCAAAAUAAGUUUAAUAAAAUUAUACCGGUAUCAAUUUUUGGAUUGAAAAAAGCAACGCGUGUAAAUCUCGCGGGACUGGGCUCAUGUCAUCUGUAUGAUAUUCACGCUGAAUAUAAUGAUUACCAUGUAAGGGAUUAUCCUUAAGAGAAGUAUCAGUAAAUCCGGUAAACUGAUCCCGCCGUGCUGCGAGGUCGCGGUAACCCGAAAUAGAGGGAAACAGUGGGGGAAAAACAUCGCGAUGGAUAGUUCAAUUUAAAAGAAAACGUAGCGAUUAAGUGCUCUUACUAUGAACAAAUAAAAGCCUCACGAGAAUCAAGCGUGCGUUCGACGCGAUUUCGAGUCACGCUGCUCGAGUUACGGCGCUCUCCGCGGCCGAGGGAGAACAUUAUUCUACUGCCACGUUGAUUUAGAACACCUCUGUAAAUUUGUUAGGGAUUUGUAAUGUUAGGAUGACUUCGAUAACUGUUGAGAUACAUUUACUCCCGUAUAUGCGGGUAUGCGAGAUCCCGAGGUAGACGAGAGAUUCGACAAGGAGAUUCGAGCCUCCCUGCCGGAUAUAUCCAAGACGAAUAAUUCACAAAACUCUCGAUGUCGAGAUAAAGCACUCGAUAAUGUAUCGCGAUAAAAGUGUUAAAAACUAUAUUUUAAAGUUAAAUCUUUGUGUUCAAAACUUUUGAAAGUCGCCAUUUUGAGCGUUUCAUAUUAUAUAUGUAUAUUGAAGAUGUGUUCUAAAGACUAAAGUUCUCGCGUAAUUAUCGAAUGAGAGUUAUUCUCACUUUAAAGUUUGUCAGAGAGUUUUAUAUACGGAACUACUCUCAAGAAAUAAAAUUUUAAAGCACAUUCAAAGCUUAUAAUUAGUUAUGCAAAACUCUAAAGAGAGAAAAUAUAUUACAAAGAAUUAUUAUUCUCUUACUUAUUCUUUUCUCUUUAAUUAUCUUUCUCUCUCUCUCUUUAUCGAGAGUUACUUUCAAAUAUCAAGAGCUUAAGAAAAGAUAAGAUAUUUCGAUUCUUACGUCGUUUCUCGAUAUCGCGUGUAGUACGAUUUUUGAUGUGCGAUUUUUGCGACAAUGGAAAAUCGAUCGAUAAAAAUGAGAAAGAAGAGAAUGAAAGAGGGAGGCUCGUUAUGAAAGAAUAAAAAUGCGUUUAAUCAGCCUUACUUAGACAAUUAUUACCUACAUUAUUAUAAAUUUAUAUGUAUGUAACGUGGGUGAUUUGCGUACGUACGUGUACAUCGGCGUACCUUAAUUACAAUCCUUGACAGUAUGUGCUGUGGACAACGAUAAUCUACGAGCAACGUGUGAUCGUAACACAUAGACAUGAUAUGUAUGCUGUAUAUAUACUUAAUUAUUAUUUGCUGUUCGGAAAAUUAACUCGGAAGUAUAUAUCUUGCGUUUAGAGAAUUUCAACUCUCCAUCCUUAGAAUUCUAAUCAUCUUAACGUAACGAUUAUGUGUAAAUAAUGUUAUUAGUGCUGUAUAUUUUACGCUGUUUAACUGGCUGUGAUAUUUAUAUGUUGAAAUUUUAAUUGUAUGAUUAGCGAUAACCUAUGUUGAUCCUAUUAAACGUACAAAUUACGUAUAUACGUUUUAUUAAUUCAGUCUAGCGGAAUCGCAGAGAUACCAGAGUAUGCAGUUACUUAUUAAAAUAUUUAUCAAGUUUCCAAAUUAUUGACAUUUUUUUCUAAGAAUCUAGAAAGUUAAUAAAGCAAGUUGGAGAAACAAUGAUAAUUUGCAUACUGUUGCAGAUAUACGCGACGAUGAUGAUAACAUACCAUAAUUUUAUUAUCAUAUCUAUUGCAUUAUCAUCAUUAUUAUUAAUAUUAUUAUUAAUAUUAUUAACAUCGGAAAAGUGUGCAAAUAUUUAUAAAAUAUACUUUUGAAUUGUUAAAUUUAUUAAUACGAGAUUUAAAUGUCAUAAUCUGAAGAGCGCGUCUGAAUUGAUCAAUUUACCAGCGACUGCGAUAGUCACGCGUUGCUCUGAGUUUAACUGAAUUGCUAACGAAAAUGUAAAAUAACUUUGGGAAUAGCGAGAUGUUUAUUACUGUUCGGUAUUACACGAAUUUAUGCGAUCAAUAUCAAUUAUCUCUCUCAAUGAUCAUUCGGAUCAUUUCUAUCAUAAUAACAGUUGUGCACGAUUAUUUGCGCGCGAUAUUAAGUUUAUUGAAAUAUUUAUCGGUGUUACAUACGAGCAACGUAAAUAUGUACAGAGAAGAAUGUCAUCUCAAAGAUUUACAUUCUUCGUAACGUCUGAGAUUCAUUACGAAGCUUGAGAUUCGUAACGAAAACUCGUUAGUGAUUGACUACUCGACUCUCAUCGUGCACUUGAUCGUCUCUUUUCUCUCAAUUCGAGUGUACGUUCCAUUGCCUAAUUACAUUUAAAGAUCAUACAUUACAUUCCAACACAUCUGCGCGACUUUAAUUUUAAUGACAGCUGUGUAGUCCUCUGAAUCCUCUCUUAGGAAAGGAGAUCAUAUCGAUCAUAAACAAAAGUUUCACGUAAUGUUUCGAUGAUUAAGAAUCGCGAUGCAUGUGUUGUUUGUAAACUUUUUAUAAAGCCAAAUUUACAAGUUUGCAUAUAUUUAAAUAGACAUUAUGUAGUUCGACAACCAAGUUUUUCAUGUAUAAUUGCUACGUGGAAAGUGUCGAUAAAAAUUCGGAUCAUUUUGUGGAUUUUGUCUUUUCAGCCAAUUUCAAAAAAAUAUAUAUUAAUAUAUAUAUAGAUACAGUGCCAAGUUUUUUAUAAUCCUCAAGUUGCACACACGUAUAAUAUCACUGUAUAAUUAUAUACCAUUAGAUAACAAUAUAGGAAACGUACAAAUAUACCAAAACACAUUGCGCGUAUUAUAUGUGCCAAAAAUAUAACUAAAUUUUCGCUAUUGUACAUUUAACACUUUUUUUAACACAUAAAAAUAAUUUUAGAAUGAAUACAGAAACGAACGUGAUUGUAUAUCGCGCUCCUCCAUUAGAACAAAGCCGAUUACAUCCGCGUAAACUCCACAAAAUGAUCUAGAAACGAUAGUAAUCGGUUUAUCUUUAAUAUAUAUUGCUAUUGUGCAUGCAGUGGAAUUCUGAAUACUUAAUACGAUUACGCUAUUUCAUAUCGGAUAACGGAAAUAUGUGUAGAAAUAUAUUAUCGAUAUUUACAAGCACACAUUUCUAAAAAUAUAAUAUAAAAAUUCCUUUAUUUCUCAUAUCUUCAAAAUUUUCGUUUUCAAAAAAGGAACACAAACAAAUAAAAUUCGAAAUACAAAUUUAAGCAUUGCAUUAUAAAAGGCAUUAAAACAUCGCUGUGAUGUUUGAGAUUUCGUAAUGAAAUACACAUACUAAAUUUGAAUAGUACAGAGGACGAAUAAUAUUAAAUGAGUCAUGUUGAAAAUUACAUCUAUAAUGUGAUUCAUGAUUCACGCGAAAGAAAGAUUAUUCUCUAAGAAACAUGAUAAACUCGACGAUAUUUAAUCUCUUUCCAGAUCAAAAGUACAUGAAAAGAUCAGUUUACAUCACAAAGAUAUAUACGAAGAAAACAACGAAUCUCUCGUUUUUCCUAAGUUGCAUAAUUAUGUGUAAUCACAAUCUGGUCUCAAAUCUGCAUCAUUAAAUAAUAAUAUUAUAGUUUAUUAUUUUCGACUUUGAUAUUGCUCUAAAUGUAUGAGACGGUUUAAGAUAAUUAGUCAUUAUAAUUUUUUAUGCCGAGUAAUAUGCAUGUAUAAUUUUUAUUUGUGCGACAGUUCUGAACAUUUCCGAAUCACACGAUAAAUAUUUUGUUAAAAUAAUCUUUCAAUAAACCGAACAACACACAAGUUUAAAAGGCAUUUAUUAAUUACAUGUGAAGAAACUAAAAAAUAUUCGAAAAAAAUUGGAAUCAUCUUAAUGUCAUUCAAAUAGUACAUUACGUCAUUCAACAAUAUAUUGCUUGAGAAGAAUGAAACAAUCUUCAUCUCUACGUAAAUUAACAUUUUCUUGUCCUCGAAUGCCACGUGGUCAAUAUCUAUGGGUAACUCAUAGUUAGUAUAUCAUAUGAUUUUUAUCCGAAUCACUUUCGAAAGAGAAACUUUCAAAACGCAUUUUUCAAUUUGCCGACCUCGAUCGUACGUCAUAGUGUUUAACACAUUGAAUGAUCUAUCUGAUAUCUAUAUAAAUGAAACAAAGGGAGAAGGACGAGUCUCUCGAUAAGGUUCUUAAUGAAUGGUUACUCAGGAAUAAAGUUAUAAUAUAAUAAAACAGUUGCGAUAUUAAAUAUUAACAUUUAACGAACGACCUUUUGUAAAUAUGAAUAUAAAAUACAUAAUUAUAGAUACGCGCGCGCGGCGCGACAAUUAUAGAUAUAUAUAUGAUACGACAUAAAUAUAUAUAUAUGUAAAAGAGAAAUAUGUACAGGGCGAUUUGGAAUAAGUAUAUUUCAGUAUAUUUCAGCGUCAUUAUACGACGAUCUUUUACGAUAAAACAUGAUAAGAAACUAAAUUAAUUGUACCAAAGGAUGCUAUUAUGUUCUCCAAUGCUAUUUCAUUUGAAAGUAUCUUUUAAAUAAUUCUUUUUCUGUAAAACAUGUCGAUACACACGACGAGUCUGAAUCACUCUGUACAAUUUUACGAUCGCCCCAAUAUGAGAUGAUAAGCCUGAUAGAAACGCGUACGUGGAAAAAAACGUAUAUUUGCGUGAAAGGAAAAAAAAA